AGCGCAGUAUAGGUAGAUGGUGGAGACAGGCAUAGUGAAGGGCAGAGCUGCAUUGGGUCUUAGCGGGAGGACCCCGGUGUUUCCGGUUGGAGGAGCUGUGCUUGGCAGGCUCGGAGUUGUCGCAGUCCAGAAGAAUGUCCCCGGAAGUCACAUUGAACCGCAUCGUCCCGGCGCUGUCCCCGUUCAUAUCCAGCGUGGUCCGACAUGGGAAGGUGGGACUGGACUCUACCAGCUGUCUGAGGAUUACCGACCUGAAAUCGGGAUGCACCUCCCUGACCCCGGGCCCCAGCUGCGAUCGCUUCAAACUUCACAUCCCUUAUGCCGGUGAGACUCUGAAAUGGGACAUCAUGUUUAAUGCCAAAUACCCGGAACUUCCUCCUGAUUUCAUCUUUGCGGAAGAUGCUGAAUUUUCCCCGGAACCCUCCGGCCUUCCGAGUUUGGCGGAUUGGGACCCGAGGAACCCGGAGUGCCUCCUGCAGGUGGUGAAGGAGUUGGUCCAGCAGUAUCACCUGUACCAGUGCGGCCGGCUGAGCGAGAGUUCCCGCCUGAUGUUUGAGUAUCAGACUCUGCUGGAGGAGCCGCAGUACGGGGAGAACAUGGAGAUCUACGCCGGGAAAAAGAACAACUGGACCGGGGAAUUCUCAGCCCGCUUCCUCGUAAAGCUGCCAGUGGACUUCAGUAAUAUUCCCAUCUACCUGCUCAAGGACGCGAACGAGGACCCCGGGGAGGACGUCGCUCUGCUCUCCGUCAGCUUCGAGGACGCAGAAGCCACCCAGGUGUUCCCCAAACUUUACCUCUCCCCACGGGUAGAACAUGCUCUGGGCGGGUCCUCGGCUCUUCACAUCCCAGCGUUUCCCGGCGGGGGUUGUCUCAUCGACUACGUUCCUCAGGUCUGCCAGCUGCUCAUCAACAAGGUUCAGUACGUCAUACAAGGUUAUCACAAGAGGAGAGAAUAUAUCGCCGCCUUCCUCAGUCACUUUGGAACCGGUGUGGUGGAGUACGACGCCGAGGGUUUCACAAAGCUGACUCUGUUGCUGACAUGGAAAGACUUCUGUUUCCUGGUUCACAUUGACCUUCCUCUGUAUUUCCCGCGGGAUCAGCCCACCCUGACCUUCCAGUCCGUCUAUCACUUCACCAACAGCGGGCAGCUCUACUCCCAGGCCCAGAAGAAUUACCCCUACAGCCCCCGCUGGGACGGCAACGAGAUGGCCAAGAGAGCCAAAGCUCAUUUCCGAAGUUUUGUUCCUCAGUUCCAAGAAGCUGCCUUUGCCAACGGGAAGCUUUAGAGCGGAAUGGAGGAGACGGCCUUACAUCACAGGCAACAAAUCAUCUUGGACUUUUUCUCAAUGAAUUGCUGAAUUUCUCCGUUUUUAUACUUCUUCCUUUUGUUGUGCAUACCUAAAGAUCGCUGCCCGGCACCCCAAAGAUAACCCUUCCUGGCAAAACCUUCCUACAGAAAAAGAAAAAACGUCCUUAAAGGGUCCAUCCAACCUCAAGUGAUGUUUUAGAAAUGGGCCCGGUGAGCUGAGCCGGCCCCCGAAUUAUUAUAUGUCUGAGAUCUCUGUUCUUCUCCACAUGGGAGUUUCAGGUGUUUCCUCUCUCCUAUGUGAGUUUCCUGUUACAUUCUUCAUUAUAUGAAAUAAAAAGAAACCCAACAGGCA